GUUUCUUCCCCACUCCCUCCUUUCAUCUCCUCUCUCUUCCCGCUUUUUCCAGUCCCACCCUAUAAACUCAGAUCCCAUCUGUAUCCGAUUCACUCUUUUUCUUCCUCUCCUCAAUUUUCUCCUACCUCAUCACCCAUUCUUACUUUUCCACCGCUCCCUAAAAACCAUCGAUUCUUCAAAACCCUGCUCCAAAUCUUGCUCUACCCCCCUUUUCUUGAAAAAAUAAUUAAAGAUUCUCAAGAAUCGGGAAAUUGAAAUUCCCAGUGCUUUUCAUAUCAUGCAAAAGCAGCAUCUUCAAGAAGCUUUGAGGCCACAGCAGCUGCCAUUCACGGCCUCGAGGCCUCCUUUCGGGGAUUACCACCAGUUCGCCACAGACUCCCACAACCUGACUUCUCAACAAGUUGAAGGUAUCUUGGUGAAAACUCCGGAGCCUACCAAUCCACCGUGGCCCCUAGCUCCACCCAUGUGCAUAGAUGAAUGCCUGACAUUGAAGCGUAAGACAGAGACAAUGAGUCUUGCACAUGCAUUGGGUGAUGAGAAUGAAGUUUCUGUAUAUGCUCUCAACAGCCCACUGCAAACACCAGUGUCCGGGAAAUUGGGAAAGGCACAGAAAAUAUCCAGGACGUCAAAGUCUAAUAGAUAUGUAUCUCAAACUGCUGCAAUUGUUGGAUCUCCUUCUGGUAACAAUACCACUUCAGUUGGCACAUGUCGGUAUGACAGCUCCCUAGGUCUAUUAACGAAGAAGUUCAUUAAUCUUAUCAAGCAAGCAGAAGAUGGCACUCUUGAUCUGAACAAGGCAGCUGAUACAUUAGAGGUCCAGAAAAGGCGUAUCUAUGACAUAACAAAUGUACUGGAAGGCGUUGGUCUAAUAGAAAAGAAUCUAAAGAACAUAAUUCAGUGGAAGGGCCUAGAUGUGUCAAGAACGGAAGCCCGUGAUGAGAGAGUUAUGAGCUUACAGAUGGAAGUGGAGUGUCUAACUUUGGAGGAGCAUAGAAUAGAUGAACAGAUCCGAGUAAUGCAAGAUAGACUGAGGGACCUGAGCGAAGAUGAAAACAAUCAAAGAUGGCUUUUUGUUACUGAAGAGGAUAUCAAGAACUUGCCUUGUUUUCAGAACGAAACACUCAUAGCGAUUAAAGCACCACAUGGCACGACCUUAGAAGUUCCAGAUCCUGAUGAGGCCGUUGAAUAUCCACAGAGGAGAUACAGGAUAGUUUUGAGAAGCACCAUGGGUCCAAUCGAUGUUUACCUGGUCAGCCAAUUUGAGGAAAAUUUUGAGGAGAUGAAUGGUAUUGAAACACCACCCACCAUCCCUUCAACCAAUGAAAAUUUAACUGGAGCGGUAGCAAGCGAGAGAAGAGAACAUGAUGUUGGCGCAACAGACAGGUUAUCUCUGGAUGUGGGUACAUCGCAUGACUUUGUAUCUGGGAUCAUGAAAAUUGUUCCGGAUGUUGAUAAUGAAGCAGAUUACUGGCUAUUGUCGGACGCUGAUGUUAGCAUCUCUGACAUGUGGACUGAAUCUGGAAUUGACCUAGGCACAAUCAAUGAAGAUUGCACCGUGGAAACUGUUGUUACUACUACUCCCGUCUGCCUAAACUCUGACGGGUGAUGCUAUUACUGAGCCACAGGGCUACCUUAGAGCUUCUCUGAUGUUGGGGUGUGUGUGAUGUUGUACAUUCUUCUGGUGGAUGAGUUUGAGAAUAUUGAUGAAGGGUUUCAUUGUUGUAUAGUUUAUGUUAGCUGGACAUAUGUAAUAAUAAUAAUAAUAUCAAUAAUAGAAUAUAGAUGUUAAGCACUUAUUGUCCAGAAUUUGGAAUAGUAUACCUCGUUCUAUAAUGAUGUUUCUAUCAUCUACAUACUUGAUUAGGCAAUUAAUAGAUUGCCUUCUUCAACUAUUAAAAUGUACAAAUAUACUCCUGUAGUAUGUGUAUGAG